AAAUAUUUUGUUUAUCUUUUUAAAUGUCAAAAGUAUGAGUCAAUAAGUGAUAUUAUUAAGUACUUUUAACAAUAGCAAAUAAGUUCUAAAGUUUACCCGUCAACUAAACGAUGGAUAAUCAACAACCUGCCUCAUUGGAAUCCCCUAUAUUUCUCAGAAGCCAAUCUACUGAAGGCACCAAUAAUCUCCCUUUAAAUGCUGUACCUCUUUCCCGAUCAACUUCCUUAACAACAAAUAGCUUAGCUCGUGCCAAUUUCCAAAGAAGGACAUUCGAGGGAGCUAGACAACUUAGAGAUAACUUACAAAAUGUAAUGAGAGAAAUCCAGCCAUUAGUGGAAACAGCCGCUGCUGUUAACAUCACAAGCUUCCUGAACAGGCCUCAGUCUGAACCGAAUAUGCAAAACGCAGCAAACAAUAGUAUUAUGAUAAAUGUUGAUGUCCCAGACAUUCCUGAACCAGCUCCAGUUAAUGCAAAUAAUCAAGCAGAAGAACCUCCAGAAAACAAUGUGAACAAUGAAGUAGAGGAUGAAGAAAAUAAUAUUGAGGGCCAACAAGCAAUUUCCAUUCUGCAAAAGUAUGUACCAUAUUUACUCAUUUUGCUCGCAAAAUGUUUAUAUGAUCAUCAUGAAGGAAUCCUCAAUGGAAUUAUAUUGUACAUCAUGUUUACAUAUGCAAACUCCACAGUGGUGAAAGAAGCUACUAAGAGAGGUUUCAGGAACAUAACAAAACUUUUAUGGACGUUACUUUAUAUAAUACUUGGUAUAGUAUCUUUCCAUGUGUUGAUUGAUAAAGAAAGAUUGUAUUUGAAUUUAGUAUUUGUCAAUUCCUACAAAAGCCCUCUGAAAGUGUGGGAUCUACUUUGGUUUGUUGGAAUUACCGACUUUAUUCUGAAGCUAAUUACUGUAGCGGUGAAGGUAAUUUUAACGUUGAUGCCAGAAGUAGUUGUCGCCUUUCAGAAGAGAGGAAAGGUUUACUUGCUGAUUGAGGCGAUUUCGCAAAUGUACAGGAGCUUAGCUACAAUUCAACCAUGGCUCUUUUAUUUGCUGGAUUCAUAUCAAGGAACAGAGAAAAUUGUGGGUGCUUUUUUGACUGCAGCUUAUAUGGUUUCCAAAGGAACGGAUUUAUUGUUUAAAAGUAAGCUUCUUAAAACGGCGUUGUACAAGUUGUUGCAGAAUGUGACUGUUGGUUGCUCUCCUAGCAAGGAACAAAUCCAGACUGCAGGCGAACAUUGUCCUAUUUGCCAUGACGAAUAUGAUUCUCCAGUGUUGCUGCAGUGUAGACACAUUUUCUGCGAGAAUUGCGUGACAACUUGGUUUGACCGGGAACAAACGUGCCCAUUGUGCAGAUGCAAAAUUGUAGAUGAUCCUUCUUGGAGGGAUGGUUCAACAUCAUACUUCAUACAAUUGUUUUAAAUCGCUCAUAUAAUUUAACACAUUCCCUAUUGAAGUAAUAUGUAUAAAUAUUUAUCUAUAUUUUUUAUUAACGUACUAUUACAUUUUAAAAUAAAUAUUUAGUUAUUAUCGAUGGCUUUUGUCGUGUAAUUAUACAGUUUGUUAUAUUUGAAGAAUUCGAUAGUGUCGUUGAAUAAACUC